UGUCCUGUGGGAUGUGUCCUGUGGUGUGUGUCCUGUGGGAUGUGGAGUCCCGCGGGGCUCCCUCGGGCCGCGCUUCUCGCCGUGGCGGCGGCGGCGGCCGCGCUGGCGGUGGCGGCCUGGCGGCGGCCGCGGCCGCUCCGGGAGGUUCUGUUCUUCCCGUCCCGGCCCUGCUGCCUCGAGGCGCUGCUGGCCGAGGCGCCCGGCGCGCCCGCCCUGCCCUGCCCGUGCCCACUGCCGCGGGCCGAGACCUCGCUGAGCCGCCUCGUGCGGCGCCUCCUCUCCGCCCGCCGCUCCCUCGACCUCUGCAUCUUCGCCUUCUCCUGCCCGCAGCUCGCCCGAGCCGUGCAGCUGCUGCACCGCCGCGGGGUCCGCGUCCGCCUGGUGACGGACGCGCAGUACAUGGGGCUGCACGGCUCCCAGAUCGGCCGCCUGCGCCACGCGGGGAUCCAGGUGCGCCACGACCAGCACGGCGGGUUCAUGCACCACAAGUUCGCCAUCGUGGACCGCAGGAUGCUCAUCACGGGCUCCCUCAACUGGACCACCCAGGCCAUCCAGAGCAACAGGGAGAACGUGCUCGUCGUGGACGACGCCGCGUGUGUGAAGCCUUUUCUGGAUGAGUUCGAAAGGAUUUGGGAAGAGUACAAUCCCACCAAUUACGUUUUUCCCAAAGUCAGUAACUGAUUGAGCUGCCGUACAGGGCUGGUGGAGCACUUGACAGAUAACACCACGAAUUUAUUAUUUUUUGUAGACAUAAUUGUUUUGUAUCCGUCUGGGUGCAACUUGGGUAAACUCCUCCAGAAAAAUGAAGUGCUCAGUGCCCUAAAAUGCCACAGAUCCCUUGCCGCGGGUCAUUCCUGUGCUAGAGGGAAUGACCCACCUGUUUGUGAGUUGUUUUGUGAGGAUGACAGUGACAGAGCUGCAUUCAGAGGCAUUAAAACAUUGGGCAGACUCGUUGCCGUGCCUUGGUGCAGUCAAGGUAUGUUCAUACCAUCCUGGGCAGGUUUUUCAGUGGUAAAAGUCACAUUUGCCAACUUGGGGUACUGCAAAUGGAAUUGUGUCACAAUGGCUCCUCUACACCAGUAACUAAAGGAGAGAUUAGAGGGCUGCAGCAGUUUGAGUUUGUAUAGAUUAAGCACCUGAGUUACAUUUCUUGUUAGCAUUAAUUGUUGAAAGUUUGUAAAAGGAAAUUUGUGGGAAAUAGGCAGAAAUUUCUAAGUUUUGACUGUGUAUAUGUUUCUUUUGGUUAAAGAUUACUAGAGAGCUCUGGUGUAAAAGAAUGAGCACAGAUACUAAUGACAGACUUGUCUUCCAGCAAGGAAGUGUAGGCAAGACUGGAAGGAAACAAGAGAAAACUGUUCUCUGGGAACAGUCGGUCUGUCUGUCUGGAGAACAGACAUGGCUGGAGUUGGGUCGCACAUUUUGGGAGAGGUCUGGAAACCCUGGUUUAUUCAGGUGCUGGGACACCCAUGUCCUAGUCUGGGUCAGUGACCUCACCUGUGCUGGCAGCAGCAGGGAGGAAAAACAAGGGGAGGGAGGUGACAUCUCUCUCCCUGCAGCUCAGAGUGGAAGAAAAAUGGUGUAAACCAAAGGAUUUCAAACUCUGAAUAGUGGCUGUGUAAGAAUUGUUUCACACUGAAUACAAAGUGCUUUAACCUUUUUUCACGUUGAGAGAUUAUUUGAUAUUCUGUUACCAGUUUUUUUACCAGCGGUGCUGUGACUGGCACUGCCAAAUAAACCAUUUUCACAGAAAA